CCGAAUUCAAUUCAACAUAGACUCUUUUUUUAAGAACAUGUAAAAGAUUUGCAAGUUUGUAUGUUUUGUGCAUGUAAGUGGUAGGAUAAAGAAAUCAGAAUAUUAAGAGGUAAACACGCACUGUAGUUUUUGUCAUGUGUUGCCUAUACCUUAAAACACUGUACUCCCAGUCAUGAAGGGGGGUUCUGAAGUCCACUAAAUGCUGCUAUUGAAAAAUGAAUGUAGCAAUUCACAUACGAUAACCUAGGCAUAUUCAUUGGAAUGUAACACUUUAUUUAAUACUUACUUUAAGGAGUUUGGCAGUGAAUAACGUUUGUUUUGGGGAAUCUAAAUAACAAGAAAAAACUGCAGUGUGUUACACGGAAACAGAAAAUGGCGCCAAUGAAAAGGUGAGUCCUCACCAUGGAUUUUGAACCAGUGGACGACGAUGCUGAGAGCCAGCAGGGAGAGCCGGAGGUGCAAGGAAACUGUAAAGCAUGUUCUGGGUGCCAGAAGUUUCACCUCACUGUGUCCAAAUGGAUGCUUCCUGAGCAUUCAAGAGACACCUACUUAGAAAGAGCAAACUGUAUACCUCCACCCAUCUUCAUUAUUCUCAUAAGCAUUGCUGAGGUUGCUGUUUUUAUAUAUUAUGCUUAUUGGAUGACUGAUAAGCAGCUGAUGACACUGGACGAAGGCAUCUGGAACAGUCCCUUUACUUAUCGGCCCGACAAGAGACAGGAAGCCUGGAGGUUUAUUUCAUACAUGCUAGUGCAUGCUGGUGUCCAGCACAUCUUAGGGAAUGUGUUCCUGCAACUCCUGCUGGGAAUCCAACUGGAGCUGGUUCACAAGGGACUACGAGUCGGCCUGGUCUACAUUGCUGGAGUCAUCGCAGGUUCCCUGGCAAGCUCUAUCUUUGACCCCUUGAUUACCCUUGUCGGUGCUUCAGGGGGAGUGUAUGCCCUCAUUGGUGGAUACUUCAUGAAUGUCAUUGUGAAUUUUGAUAAAAUGAUUCCUUUGUUUGGAGUUUUCCGAUUACUGUCUAUUGUGGCCAUUGUCGGGACUGAUGUGGGAUUUGCCCUUUACAGAAGAUUUUUAUCCAACGCUGUUGGCCAUUCAGUUUCCUUCGUGGCCCAUAUUGGAGGGGGCCUGGCUGGAAUGACAAUCGGCUAUGUGGUUUUCAGCAGCUACAACCAGAGUCUUGUGAAGGACCCCAGGUUCUGGAUCUGCAUCGUCGCUUAUGUUGUCUGCUUCCUAUUCGCGGUUCUUUUCAAUAUCUUCUUGUCUCCCGCCUCGUAGGAGAAGCAAGACCUGUCGUAGAGACUUUUUUGAUUCUAGAUAGAAUAAGAAAAUGUUCUGUAAAAAAACUUUUACAUGGUUCCCGAUCACAGAUUCAGUUCAAUGCAGGUCACUGUAUCUGCAAGCUGUGUCUGGAUUGGGUUAAGUAGGAUAUACAGCAAACCUCAUCCAGGCAACCAGAUAAAAUAUAGCUCAGCAUCACCAAAGUCAUUAUUUUUUAGAUAAUAAAUGCAACAAUCACAUUUUUCAAAACUUGGUCAAAUGUAAUGUUGAACAAACAUCUAGUUGAACAACGUUACCAAAUAUCAAUGCAGGUUUAAAUACAAAGUCAAAGCAGAUUUUUGAAAAUACACCCUUGGCUACAUACAUAGAGCAUUGUAACGUUUACACAGUAUUGUCUAAGACUGCCAUGUGUGCUUUUAAAAUACAAAAAGACACUUCUAAGACACUCCUCAUGGUGCUCAGUGUAGUAUCUAAAAGAUAUUGACAGUAGCAUGUCAAAUUUUACACAAUUUGGAUACGUUUUCCACACACUUUUUCUUAUCAUAAUGUUUUAGAUUGAGGAGGGUAUGUAGUCUGUAUAAAACCAGGAUAAGCUUUCAACGUAGGUUGGAUGGGCUAGAUACAGAAUACAAUACAGUAUCAAUAGAUUGCAUAGAUACAGUAUUCUGUAUAGAUUGUAGUGUGUUGCUUGUUACGUUAGAGUACAGCCUUACAUUUUCCACAGUAAACUUAAUCAUGUAGCAUAAAUCAAUAGAAGGAGAAAUGCAAUUCUAAAACUAACAAGAAACAAUUGAGUUGCAGGAAUCAUUUUGUACUUCUGUAAUGUUUUUAAAAACAAAAAAAUAAUUUAAAAAAUGCAUGGAUUGUUUUAUGUUUUAUUAAAAUCACUUUAAACAG